AUGAAUUAUUCAUGUAUAAACGAAGGACAUUCUAAACUUACUCCACUAUGCCUUCCUGGUCCUGCACAUCCAACAAAUGUUCAUGCAUGCGAUUGGGACUAUGGAUUAAUUGCAAUUGCAUUUAAUAGUAUUAUUUAUAUUAUUAAUCCACUCAGUUGUAAUAUGUGUUAUGCAUAUAAUGGGCAUGCAAGUCCAGUUACUUCUGUUUGUUUUAAAACAAAUGACUUUCUUUCUACAUUAAGUUCUCCUAAUAAAUCUGAUAUAAUUAUUGCCUCAGGUGAUAUUAGUGGUAAAAUUCAUGUCUGGGGAAUAUGGUCUACUUCAAAACCAAUAGAAUUUGAAUCUUUAGACCAUUCUCCAGUUGUUGGAUUACAAUGGGAUAGUUGUAGUUCAUCAGCAUUAAUAGUACUUUAUAGGAGUGGAACGUUGAUAUGUUACGAUAUUUUAUCUGAAGAAAAACAUAAAUCUAAAUGGGUUGUCAAAGAUAUAUUUAAAGACCCCAUUGGAUUUAGUAAUUCUAUUUAUGCAAGAGGCUCAUUUGGUAUUUAUGGAGGACAAAGUAUGUGUUUUUGUAAUUUAGCUAGUUCAAUAUUUAAAGGGUAUGAAUUAGAUACUUCAACACCAAAUCUUUUAAGAGUUGAAGAAGGUGUUUUACGACUUAAAUAUUCAAAUAUUCGUCGUCAAGUUACUUAUAUUUUAUUAACAAAACAUUUCUUAAUUUUUGAUACAGCUCUUCGGUCUACUUUAGCAACAAUUGAUUUACCAGAAGAACCAGCUGAUUUUACUCUUUUGUAUAAUGAAAAAUAUUUUGCUUUAUUAACUCAUAACGGAAAUAUUUUUGUUUAUGAGAUUAUCAAUCUUGUACAAAUCCGUUCAUAUGGAAGAAUGGAAAUAUCUUCAAUCCUUGCAAAAGGAAAUAGAUUACAUAAAUAUACCACUAUUUCUAUUGUCCCUGAUGCUAUGGAUAACUCUAAUCUUAUUGUACGUAUGCAAGAAGGUCCAUUAAUAUUAUUAAAAUUAACUACAAAUCCAUACUCAAUGGUAAUUAAAGGUAUUGUACAAACAUUUCCUUCUACUAUUCGUUGGUUUAUAUCUAAACAAAUAUAUUCUGUAGGAAUUACUGAAGAUGGGAUAAUGUAUGUACUAAAAGGAGGAGAAAUAUAUAGAAUGUUUGAGAUAACGAAAUUAAAUCCAAAAGGAUUAUUUUGGUUAAAUAAUAUUGUUGGAGUUUAUGGAAUCAAAGUAAAAGAACAUUCAAAAGAAAAUAAAAAUUAUAUUAUUUUUAUUGAUCCAUUAAAUGGAGAAAUAAAAAGAACACUAAAACUAAGAAAUUGUUAUGGGGAAAUAAAAAAAGUAUGUUGUAAAGGAGAUAAUAAAAGUAUCGUAGUUUGUUAUACAAAUUCUCUAGAAGAAAUUGAAGUUGAAGGGUACAGAAUAAUACAAUUUAUAGAAAAAUCAGUUAUUGGAAUAUCAUAUGAUAAAGAAUUAAUGAUAAUAGAUAAAAAUGAAUAUAAAAAAUAUGGAAGUGGAAAAGAUAUAGUCAUAAAAGAUGUAAGGAAAGGACAAUUUAGUGCUAUCGCAACAAAAGGUUUAUAUACUAUUCUUGCAGAUAAUAAAGGAUGUUUAACUAGAAUAUAUAAUAAUAAAGUACAAUCAAUUAUUCUCCCUGAUAAUAAACAUAUUUCUAAAAUUGUUUUUAGCCCAACUAAAGAUUGUAAUAAUGUUAUCAUUUUAGGAGAAAAAGUAAUAGUAUUUGAUGUUGGUGGAAUGCGUGUUUUAAGUGGACACACUAAUUACUUGACAAGAUUAAAUCUUCCUAUAUUAGAUGUUUUUUGGUUAAGCCAAUAUCCAGCAGUAUUGGUUUCUACGGGAGAAGUUUUAGUACUUGACAUGUGUCUAUUUCUCUGUAAUGGUUUGUUUAAAGAAACUAUGAAUCCUCUACCAUUAAGUUGUAUUGAACCAACAAAACGUAGAGAUAUUUUCUUUUUAUUAUUACAUGGAAUAAAAUUAAAGAACCUUGAUUAUCCUAUACCAAAUAAUGAAGAUACUUUAGAACGUUUAAUUGAAAUAUACUUUCGUUUUAAAGAUGUUAAACAUUGGAAAUAUUGGAAUUUAAUGAAGUGGGUUGUAGAACAUAAAUUACCAGAAUCAGGAAGUCCAUAUAUUACUGUCCAAAAUUAUGUUGUUGAAAAAGAUGAAACAACAACACAUUAUUCCAAUGCAUUAAAAAAUUAUAACACUAAAAGUAAACUACAAAUUGAUUACCAUGCCUUUGCAUUAAGUGAAAUGAGACUAGGUCGAAGAAAUGAUGCAUUUACUCAUUUCCUUAAAGUGUUAAAAAGUCCUUAUGAUGAAGAAUAUUUUAAAUAUGCAAUGAGAGCAUCUUUGUUAUCAUUAACUAUGGAUGGAAAUAAUUUGUCUAGACAACGAUUAAUUACUUCUUUAUUUAAUGAUCCUUCAAGUGAUAAAACUCAUUUGAUUCAAUUACAUAAAUUAUUAAAUCAGAAUAGAGAAGUAUGUAAGUUAUAUAUUGAUAUUGGUAAAUUUGAAGAAGCAAUGGUAGUGUCUUCAUUAUUCUUAGAUGACGAUGCAAAAACUGAUAUUUUUCUUUGUAUUGUUUUAAAAUAUAUUUAUGACAAUUGUUGGCCUAAAGCAAUAGAAAUGCUCACUUCAAUGGGAAGACUUAUUGAUGUUAUUCGUUUAUAUUUAUAUACUGGUCAUGUAGAAAUGGCAGCCCAUGUGUCAAUGGUGAUUAUCGAAAGAAAUCUAUUUGAUCUUAAUAUGCCAUUAAAUCAAAUUUAUCAACUCAUUCACGUUCCAAAUCAAGAUGAACGAAAAUUUGGAACAUUAAAAGAACUUAUUCGUCAAGUAAUAUCAGAAUAUAUCCAUUGCUUAGAAUUAUUACCAUCAAAUGAAUAUCUUGUUGAUGCCUUUAAACAUUCAAAAUUUAAUAUCUAA